CUUCUGAAACAAAUUGUUAUAACUAAAAAUGUGUUCAUUUUCUCCAUUGUAUAUUUUAGUUUUAUCCUUUGUCAUAGUUCACGUUGCACAUGCACAGGACUCACCAACCAAUUACGUGAACGUGCACAACGCAGUACGAUCUGAGGUUGGUGUGUCCGAUAUAGUUUGGGACGACACUGUCAGUGCUUUUGCUCAAAGUUAUGCUAAUCAACGUAAGGAUUGUCAACUGAUCCAUUCCGGUGGUGGUGGCCGUUACGGGGAGAAUAUCGCGAUGAGCACGGGCGACCUGAGUGGAACCGAUGCAGUGAAAUUGUGGGUGGAUGAAAAACCUAACUAUGAUUAUAAUAGUAACUCAUGUGUUGGUGGCGAAUGCCUCCAUUAUACUCAAGUUGUUUGGAGAAACUCAGUUCGUCUUGGAUGUGCCAAAGUGAGUUGUGACAAUGGAGGAACUUUCAUUACUUGCAACUAUGAUCCACCAGGCAACUAUGUUGAUGAAAGGCCUUACUAAGUGUGUGAUUCAUAUCAUUAUUGUUUCAAUUCAGCUAUAGAAUUAGAAGCCAUAUCAUUAUCAUGAAUAAAU